UGACUCUGACUCCAUAGAAUGAUGACUUAAAUAAAACUUUCUUGUCUAUUUCUAUCAACUUCUGCUCAGCUUCCUUGCCUUCUUCGACUAGUCUUUCCAUGGCGGAACGCGGAUCGUACUCUCAGGGCCCUCGAUUAGACUUUCAACAAUUGCUGGGGGAGGCCCAACAUCGGUGGUUGCGGCCAGCUGAAAUCUGUGAAAUUCUUAGUAAUUUUCAGAAAUUCCAUAUUUCAUCAGAGCCUCCAAACAGACCACCAAGUGGUUCGCUGUUUCUUUUUGAUCGGAAGGUUUUGAGAUACUUUAGAAAGGAUGGACAUAAUUGGAGGAAGAAAAAAGAUGGAAAGACUGUGAAGGAGGCUCAUGAGAAGCUAAAGGUUGGCAGUGUUGAUGUUCUACACUGCUACUAUGCUCAUGGAGAAGAGAAUGAAAAUUUUCAAAGGCGCAGCUAUUGGAUGCUUGAACAGGAUUUGAUGCACAUAGUUUUUGUCCAUUACUUGGAAGUAAAGGGUAAUAGGGCAAAUGCUGGAGGCAUUAGAGAGAUUGAUGAGGUUACACCUGAUCUGCAAAAGGGCAGCUCCUGGACUUCUAGCCCUUCUAAUAGUAAUUGCAGAACACCUUCAGGAAAUACAGAUUAUACAAGCCCAAGCAGCAACCUCACAUCAUGUGAAGAUGCUGAUUCUGGUGAUAGUCGCCAAGCAAGUUCUUUUCACUCAAGUUUCGACUCACAACAGAUGGGGAAUGGUCCUCUCACAGACAAAGCAGAUAUUAAUCUCUCACUGCAUCCACAUUGGAACAAUCAUGAUGGCCAGUCAUCCUUUCAUGGAGGAAAUUACAGGCCAUAUUUUGAGAAAGAUCAACAUUGUUACAGUGACGACUCUACUUGUGGGAUUGAUUCCCAAAAAACACUUGGUGUGGGAUCCUGGGAAGAAAUCUUGGAACAGUGCUCAACGGGACUUCAUACUGUAACUUCUCAUGGAUCAAAGUCUUCCAUCCAAUUUGCUUCAGCUGGAAUUCCCCCUGAACAACAAAAUAUAACUUCAACUGAGCUUUUAGCAGGGAAUAGCACAUUAAAGGAGGAGUUCGGGAGUUCUCUGCCAUUCCGAACAAAUUGGCAGAUUCCUUUGGAAGAAAAUGCAUUGCAGUUGCCCAAAUGGCCCCUUGACCAGUCAAUGAAUUUGCAACUGCCAAGUAAUCUUGAUACCAGGUUAUUUGAGCAGGGCACUGUUGAUGUGAAUCUGAGAAAUGCUCCUGAGCUUGUCACUACACAUCCCAAUCAGCAAAAUGACCAGCUUGUGCAGAACAACUUUCAAGCACAGCUUACAAAUGCAGAAUCUCAAUGCUUAAUCAUAUCAAGUUCUGAGCCUGACAUUCCUAAAGAUGGGAAUAUCAACUAUGCUUUCACUUUGAGACAGCAAUUAUUAGAUCGAGAAGAGGGUUUGAAGAAAGUUGACAGUUUCUCUAGGUGGGUUUCUAAGGAACUCGGAGAGGUUGAUGAUUUGCAGAUGCAAUCCUCAUCUGGUAUUUCGUGGAGCACAGAUGAAUGUGGAAAUGUAGCUGAUGAUUCCUCAUUGAGCCCUUCUAUCUCCCAGGACCAGCUUUUCAGUAUAGUUGAUUUUUCACCAAAAUGGGCAUACACAGACUCUGAAAUUGAGGUUCUGGUUAUUGGGACAUUCUUGGUAAGUCAAAAAGAGAUAACAAAGUAUAAUUGGUCUUGUAUGUUCGGGGAAGUGGAGGUUCCAGCACAGGUUUUAGCCAAUGGAGUUCUUUUUUGUUUUGCUCCACCUCACAGUGCUGGGCAAGUCCCUUUCUAUGUAACCUGUUCCAACAGGUUAGCCUGUAGUGAAGUAAGGGAGUUUGAUUAUCAAGUGGGCUCCACUAAAGAUUUAGAUAUAACAAAUAUCUGCAAUGGCACUACAAAUGAAAUCCAUCUUCACUUGCGUCUUGAGAGCUUACUGUCUCUGAGAUCUGUCAGCCCUUCAGGUCAACUAGUUGAAGGUGUUAAGGAGAAACAAAAUUUAAUUAGUAAAAUCAUUUCACUGAAGGAGGAAGAGGAAUACUUACCCUUGGUAGAGCCAACAGUAGUGAAUGAUUUGCUCCAACAUGAAGGGAUGGAAAAUCUCAUAAAGCUGAUGAAAGAGAAGUUGUACACAUGGCUCCUUCAUAAAGCAAUAGAAGAUGGUAAAGGACCUAGUGUAUUAGAUAGCGAGGGCCAAGGCGUGAUACAUUUAGCAGCUGCUCUUGGAUAUGAUUGGGCCAUAAAACCCAUUGUAACUGCAGGAGUUAGUAUCAAUUUUCGUGACGUUAAUGGAUGGACUGCCCUUCAUUGGGCUGCAAUCUAUGGCAGAGAGCAGACGGUUGCAAUCCUUAUCUCUCUUGGUGCAGCUCCUGGAGCGCUGACCGAUCCGUCUCCAGAAUUUCCUUUGGGUAGAGCACCAGCAGACCUGGCUUCUGUUAACCAACACAAAGGAAUCUCAGGCUUCCUCGCCGAGUCUUCCCUGACCAGUUACCUUGACUCCCUUACAAUGAAUGAUGCAAAGGAAGGUGGUGCUGCAGAAAUAUCUGGAAUAAAAGCUGUUAAAACUUUUUCAGAACGAAUAGCCACACCUGGGAGCUACAGUGAUAUGUCAGAUGCGCUUUCACUGAAGGAUUCACUUACUGCUGUAACUAAUGCUACACAAGCUGCUGAUCGCAUACAUCAAAUGUUCAGGAUGCAGUCAUUUGAUAGGAGACAGUUAACUGAGUAUGAUACUGAUGAGUUCGGAAUGCCGGAUGAGCGAGCGAUUUCACUCAUAGCUUCCAAAUCACACAAGGUGGGACCAGUCAAUGGGUAUACUCAUACUGCUGCAAUUCAGAUACAGAAGAAGUUUCGUGGUUGGAAGAAGAGAAAAGAGUUCCUGAUAAUUCGUCAAAGAAUUGUUAAAAUCCAGGCUCAUGUACGGGGACACCAAGUAAGGAAACAAUAUAAAGCAAUCACCUGGUCAGUUGGAAUUCUGGAGAAAGUUAUAUUGCGUUGGAGACGUAAGGGGACUGGUUUGCGAGGAUUCCGACCGGAUGCAGUUGCCAAGGCUUCGAACCCACAAAGCGUGCCCUCAAAAGACGACGAUUAUGAUUUUCUUAAGAAAGGAAGGAAACAAACUGAGGAAAGGUUACAAAAAGCGCUUACUAGGGUAAAGUCUAUGGUUCAAUAUCCCGAGGGACGAGCUCAAUAUCGUAGACUGCUAAAUGUUGUGGAAGGGUUCCGCGAAACCAAGGUAAGUGAAAUGGCUAUGGAUGGAUCAGAACUAAAGGUCGAAGGUGGUGAUGAUCUGAUUGAUAUUGACAAAUUGUUGGAUGAUGACACUUUCAUGUCUAUAGCAUUUGAUUGAGCCUGCACUCGGUUGCCUUGUCUGUAAAUUAUAUAUGACUGGCAUCCUUACAGGUAUUUGAAUGUUGUAGCCUGUCUGUAUAUGUCCUAUCCAAUCGAUGUAGAAAGUCAUCUAUGAGAUACCCAGUUCUGCAAAAGCGUAGUUAGGACAAUCAAAAUUUACUCUAGCUUACACAGUUUUUAUUGUGGUUAAAUUUAUUUAGGAAGUGGAAUAUUUUUAUUGUUGUAUACUGUGAAAAACGUUGUAACUACUAAUUUACGUGUACCCUGAGCUUUGCUCCAGUUGAUUUCAAAAUCUGUGAAGUAUUGUCGAAGUAAAAGAUUUGGAAGUGCUCAA